UGUCUCCGCUGUCGUAAUAUAACCUUGAGCAAUGAGAAAGCUAGUACGCGUAAUAUGUUAUAUGUAUGUGUGUGCUAUAAUCACACUAAUGUAUUUGUCUUUACAGUCUGAUAUGGCGGCAGUUAUAUGAGGGUGUUAGUGAAAUUAAUUUAUUGUAAAUCGAACUCAGUGGAAAUCAUAUCGUUACUAAUGUGUUAAAAACAUUUAAAUACUUUUUAUUUUUAUAAUAAUUAUUUUUCCUAGCAAAGAUCCUGUAGUAAGACUUAUUUAUGAAGAUUACUUCAUGAAAUUUAGCAAGAUUAUGUGGUGAGAACAAAUGUCAGAUGUCUAUUCUGUGAACUAGCCUAUAGUGGUACGCUAAUUUUCACGACAAACUUGAUAAUAAAACUCGAGGUCAGAAGUGUAUUAUUAUAAAAGGAAGUUGGUUUAAACGCUAACUGGGUAUGUAUAUUUGAUUGGGUCAAACCUUGGAUGACACAGAGUUAUUAAAUUUGUGACGAGAGGUCUCAAUCAAGCGUAGCGGCAUGUCCAAGAUGGCUGACUGGUUUAUUUUCGAAGCGUUCCACACAAUCAACCUCAGAGGGUAACUCUUAGCAAGUGAUGGAGAAGGAAAAAUGCUGCCAAUUAAAUUAUGUACUCUCUACCAUGUCUUCGUAAACGACUUAAAGCUAUUCGCCUCUGGUUAAACAUAAAUAAAAUUAUUAUUAGUUAUCCUCAUUAAAAAAGUAGAAGUUACCGCAUUAACUGGCAAAUAACUUAUUUACAAAAUGCGUUGCACGAGGUGAACAUACUGAGUAACGAUUUCAGCGAUAACUAAGAUGUCAAAAUGAAUAAAAAUUUCAAAAACUUAAAAAAAAAUAGCUUACACUUAAUUGACUUAAAGAAAACUACAUGUAAUCUGAGGGAAAUAAAUAUAAACCUCGUAAACAACUAAGACAUAGAGCCAGGCCUCUUCUCACAUGGACAAGAAUCCUAUUGGUAUUCUAACUACAAGCGCAGGGAAAAUUGUGGAAAUCAGAGAGACGAAAACGCUCAAUUCAGAACCAUACGAUAAUAGUUACUUUGUAGAUCUUUUAACUCAUUGGCACGCCGAGAGAGUACCUGAAAGAAUUAUUUACGCUAAAGCCGCCGGUGCCUUUGGUUACUUUGAGGUAACUAACGAUGUAUCUAAGUACACUAAAGCUGAAGUUUUCAAUGGCGUGGGCAAGAAGACCCCUGUUAUGGUUCGAGUAUCUACAAUGCUGCAAAACAGAGGAGGAACUGAUUUAGCUAGAGAAUCAAAAGGCUUUUCAGUUAAGUUUUACACAAAGGAAGGAAAUUUAGACUUACUAUGCCUAAAUAUGCCAGUUUUUUUCCUUAACGAUCCUAUUGAUUUCCCAAGUUUAAUUCAUGCACUGAAAAGGAAUCCAAAACCUCAUCUCUAUGAUUUUAAUAUGGUUUACGAUUUCUUAACAAAGAGGCCGUUCUCACUCUACGGUUAUUUAUGGACUAUGUCGGAUUUUGGUAUUCCAAAUACAUAUAGACGUAUGGACGCGUUCGCAAUUCACACUUACGAGAUUAAUAACAAAUUUGGCGAUCGUUACUUUGUCAAAUUCAAUUUUAGAACUGAGCAAGGUAUAGAAAAUUUACCUUCGGAUGUCGCAGAAAAAAUAACUGUACGUGAUCCAGAUUAUUACAAAAGAGACUUGUAUAAUGUUAUAGAGAAAAAGCAAUUCCCCUCAUGGAUUUUGGAGAUGGAUGUAAUGAGCCUUGAUGAUAUAAAAAAUAUUGAUUAUAAUCCGUUCGACGUUGGUAGAAUAUGGAAAAAUGGUACUUAUUGUACAGUACCCAUCGGGAGACUUGUUUUGAAUAGAAACCCAGAAAACGCCUAUAGAGUUGCUGAAAGAGUCGCUUUUAAUCCUGCAAAUUUGGUACCAGGAAUCCCUGGACCACAAGAUUUAUUGUUCAAAGCUAGACGACAAUCUUAUCGGGAAGCUCAAAUAUAUCGUUUAGGUGUAAAUUACAAUAAAAUUAUGGUUAAUGCUCCUCUGUAUUCUAAAGUAUAUAACCGGGAUGGCGUGGCGCCAGUGAGAGACAAUAUGAAAGAUGCUCCUAUCUAUUAUCCCAAUUCAUUUAGUGGACCAGUACCUUAUGUAGAUCCCGGGCAAUCAAAUGAGAAAUUAAUUAUUUACGAGUCUAAUGCAGUUGAUUUGGAACAACCUGCUCUCUUCUAUAAUAAAAUUCUUCGAACUGAUGAAGAGCGGACAAGACUUGCAAAGAAUAUCGCACCAACGUUAGUUGGAGUUUAUCCUGAAAUUCAGAAACGUUUGAUACGCUUGCUCACUCUAAUAGAUCACAGAUUAGGAAACGAUGUUGAAGUCUUGCUUGCAAAGGAAUUGAAAAAGCCACACCCUAAACCCCCAAAAGUUUUAAGCUACUCUCGAAAUUUAAGGAGCCAGCAAGAUUCUUGCCCAAUGAAACCUGAUGGACAUAAUAAUGAAGAUAAAGCCAUAGAUAAAGAGUAGGACGUGUGACAGCUGAAAGCUUAUCUAUUACACAAUUCUUGUUCAAAACGUAUAUAAUUAGGCAAAUAAAUAAAAUAAACUUUAUAUCUAUGUCAAAAAUAUCAUUAUUUCAUGAAAUAAUUCCAAUAAAAACCUUAAAAUUGUAUUUUAUAUAAAAAUUAUAUCCAUUUUUCUUUUUGUAUACCCAAGAAAAAAGGAAUAAAAUGUAUAAAAUAAUCGAAUAAUAUUUAUUGAGGUAAUAAAACUGAUAAUAAAUGAUUUGUAAGAUU